AUCCCUUUCAAUCGUUAAAAUUUCAUGACAACUAAAUCUAAUGAACACUAACCUUUGCGCGAGAGGUCAAAAUUAACAAAUUACAUUGGCUAACAAAUAAAUAACAUCUCAUUUUUUCACGUCUGGCGGGAUUUGUAAAAAAUUAUCACCGGUCAGGGAAUUUGUUGACGAAAAAUGUGGUUUUCAGCCAUCCUAAACAGAAUAGUACUCGUCUAUAUUUACAGUCAGGUAAGAUUCGAGGCAGGGCUUGUAUGGGUUGUAACCUGAAACUGAAGGUACCAAACCAUCUUAUUGUUGUUUUAAACGACCUCUCCGUGUACGACGGAAGAAUUCUAGUGUGCGCAGCUGAUAUUCAUGGCGUCGAUAACAUUAAAGUCAUUCCAAGGACUAUAGACUCGUACGCAGGGUUGACCAUAAACAGAUGCCGCUUCAUCGACUUUAAGAAUUUCUUCAAGGACCCACUUAGAUCUCUUGUAGACGGACUUCGAGCGGAAGAAGGUGAUGGCGCUUUCGUGCAUGCUAAUACGUACUGGCCGUGCUCAGCUAAUGAACACAAGCUUUGUAAAAUACCGUUAUGUAGGGACUACAUAAGAGGUCCAGAGGAGCUGAUCGAGUCAGAACUGCCAUCAAUUGAACAGUUCGGUGACUGCAUCGAGGAUACGACAUUGUCACAAGACGACUACCGAGUCGUGAAAAACGUCUGGAACUCAGCUAACGAAAAAAGUCUUAAAAAACUAAUGGAAUUGGCACUGAUUACAGACUGUUUAUUUACGGCCGAUAUUGUCAGCAGUCUGAGAACAGCUGUGAUGAAGGACCUUAAACUGGACCCUAUUAGGUUUUAUACGCUCGCUAGCUUUGCAUGGGAAAGCGCCUUGCGGUUCAGUGGCACUUCACUUGGACUGCAAACUACCCACGAAGCACAUCUUAUGAUAGAAAAUGCUAUAAGGGGUGGUAUUGCAGUUGUUGGAAAUCCGAGGUAUGCCCGGGCAAACAACGCCGAAAUGCCAAAAGAAAUGUUUAACGAAAACGAAGAGAACAGCUACAUUGACUUCAUGGAUUUCAAUGGGCUGUAUACAUCAACAAUGACCUCGGCAAGACUCCCAGCAUACGGAUUUCGCUUCCUCGAAAGAAAUGAGAUAGACAGAAUUGAUUUUGCGGAAAUACCACCAGAUAAUGAUCAUGGUUACAUUUUAGAGGUUGAUUUGAGCUAUCCACCAGAACUGCACGAUGAUCACGAUGAUUUCCCACUAGCCCCGGAACGAGUGACAAUUACAAAAGACGAUCUAUCGGAACACACUGUCAGAAUGGCGGAGUCAUGUGGUGUCAACAUGGACAAUAUGAAACUGGACAAUCGCCUGUGUUUGACAUUGAAGGAUAAAAAAAAGUACACAGUACACUACAGAAACCUUCAGUUCUACACAAAACACGGUCUAUGUGUUACCAAAAUACACCGUGUACUGACCUUCACACAGGUGCCAUUUUUGCAGUCCUUUAUGCUUCACUGCGCAGAGAAACGAAGAGCAGCGAAAUCACAGUUUUACAAGACCCUGUGGAAGAGUAUCGCAAACUUAGUAUCUUUAGAUCGAACAGGUUUUCACAUCCCAUUCAACAUAAGAUGGUAUGGCAAAGGCGGUCUCAGAAAAGACAGAAUGAGUACCAACUUAAACAGCAACAUGUUACAUGAGAAAGGUGAAAUUAUUGCGGAAGGUGGCAACGACAUCACCCCUACGUCUAGUCCGAAGGAAAUUUUGUAUGAUAUCGAAGGUUCUAUGUUACCAGAUAAUGCAGUAAUUUUUACUGCUGAAGCAAAAGCUAUAGAUAAAGCAUUGUCAUGCAUAGAACAGAAUACCCAUGAUAAAUUUUUGAUAUUUUCUGACUCGCUUUCUGUUUGA